CGUCGGGUGGCGGGGACGGGCAGCGACAGAGGCCGCGACCGCGGGGGGACCCUCGCCUCCCAACGGAAAGAACCCAGCACAGCUCCUCGAGUUGGCCUUUGACAAAACAAACACAAAACCAGAGAGAGAAAGAAUAUAUCCGCAAGACUGCCACGGAAAUGAACUUUAUUUAGUCUUUAGAAGGUCGUCGGGAAUUUCCCUGGACCUCGGGUUUCCUGGGCGGAGGACCAUUUCCUAAGGCCUGAGCUCCUGAACCCCUCUGAACGUGGUCCGGCCACCGUGUUCUUGCUCUACCCCCGCCCGCUUGCCCCAUCUCUUGCACUGCGAGGCUCAAACCUGCAAUCACCAGGGCCUGGAGCCAAGCAGAGCCAGGCUCCCUGCAAAUUACACACCCUGCAGAUGAAAGGCCGUCUGGGUGGAGUUUCCCGGCUGGCUUCCCACAGCGGGCAUCUAACUCCGUGCUGUGCUCGGGAGGCCGUGGUCACACAUGUGGCUGAUAACACCCUUCGGAUUGUUUUUACAGCAACUGACCCAGAAUCCAUUUCAGGAAAGCAACAUGUGUCAAAAUGGUAAAACGAUGAAAUGAGGACUACGAAAAUUUUCCCUUUGGAUGGCGUUCUCCAGACGUGAAAAGAGCGGCUCAGUCUGCCUCGUGGUAGAGUGAGGAGUGUGAGGGAAAUGGAGAAGCUGGCCUUCCUGUCGCUGUGCGUCCUCCUGACCCGGACCAGCGGGCACAGCCUCUUCACUUGCGAGCCGGUCACCGUCCCGCGGUGUGUGAAGAUGGCCUACAACGUGACCUUCUUCCCCAAUCUCAUGGGGCACUACGACCAGGGCAUUGCCGCCGUGGAGAUGGAGCAUUUUCUUCCCCUGGCGAAUCUGGACUGUUCCCCAAAUGUGGUGACUUUCCUUUGCCAAGCAUUUAUACCAAGCUGCACAGAGCAAGUUCGUGUGGUCCCACCCUGCCGUAAGUUCUGCGAGAGAGUGUUUUCCGAUUGCAAAAGCAUCAUUGACACCUUCGGGAUCAGAUGGCCCGAGGAACUUGAGUGUGACAGGUUGCAGUACUGUAACGAGACUGUUCCUGCAGCUCAUGGUCCACAUGGAGGACCUCUUGGUCCUGAGAAGAAAACAGAACAAGUCCAAAGAGACAUCGGAUUGUGGUGCCCGAGGCAUCUCAGGACUUCUGGGGGACAAGGCUAUCAGUUUCUGGGGAUUGACAAGUGUGCACCUCCGUGCCCCAACAUGUAUUUCAAAAGUGAUGAGUUAGAAUUUGCAAAAAGUUUUAUUGGAAUAGUUUCGAUAUUUUGCCUUUGUGCGACUCUGUUCACAUUUCUCACCUUUUUAAUUGAUGUGAGGAGAUUCCGGUAUCCAGAGAGGCCGAUCAUCUAUUACUCCGUCUGCUACAGCAUCGUGUCUCUCAUGUACUUCAUUGGAUUUCUGCUCGGGAAUAGCACAGCCUGCAACAGGGCCGAGGAGAAGCCGGGGCUUGGGGACACCGUUGUCCUGGGCUCCCAGAACAAGGCCUGCUCCGUUUUGUUCAUGUUUCUGUAUUUUUUCACCAUGGCUGGCACCGUGUGGUGGGUGAUUCUGACCAUCACUUGGUUCCUCGCUGCGGGCCGGAAGUGGAGUUGCGAGGCCAUCGAGCAGAAAGCAGUGUGGUUCCACGCGGUGGCCUGGGGAACCCCAGGCUUCCUGACUGUGAUGCUCCUGGCCAUGAACAAAGUGGAAGGAGACAACAUCAGUGGCGUGUGCUUCGUCGGCCUCUACGACCUGGCCGCCUCGCGCUACUUUGUGCUGCUGCCACUGUGCCUGUGUGUGUUUGUGGGGCUGUCCCUGCUCUUGGCUGGCAUUGUGUCCUUAAACCAUGUACGACAAGUCAUCCAGCACGAUGGCCGCAACCAGGAGAAGUUGAAAAAGUUCAUGAUCCGCAUCGGGGUCUUUAGUGGACUAUACCUGGUGCCAUUGGUGACGCUGCUGGGGUGUUACGUCUAUGAGCAGGUGAACAGGGUGACCUGGGAGAUCACGUGGGUCUCGGACCACUGUCGCCAGUACCACAUCCCGUGUCCUUACCAGGUAAAAACCACAGCCCGCCCAGAACUUGCGUUAUUCAUGAUAAAAUACCUGAUGACGCUGAUUGUUGGGAUCUCCGCUGUAUUCUGGGUCGGAAGCAAAAAGACCUGCACCGAGUGGGCUGGGUUUUUUAAACGAAAUCGCAAGAGAGACCCCAUCAGCGAGAGCCGCCGCGUGCUGCAGGAGUCGUGCGAGUUCUUUCUGAAGCACAACUCGAAAGUGAAGCACAAGAAGAAGCACCACAAGCCAGGCUCGCAUAAGCUGAAGGUCAUCUCCAAGUCCAUGGGGACCAGCACUGGGGCCACAGUGUACCACGGCACCUCUGCCGUGGCCAUCGCGGACCACGACUACCUAGGACAGGAGACCGCCACGGAAAUCCCAACCUCCCCGGAGGCGUCAGUGAGAGAGACAGCCACAGCUAGGGAGCAGGACCUUGGGGAGCCCGUGUCCCCCACAGCCAGCUCUAGACUCUGUGGGGACACGGGUGGCAGGAAAAGCCAGGCCAACAGUGUGCAGGACAGGGCCAGUGUCUCUGACAGUGCCCGGAGUGAAGGCAGGCUGAGUCCGAAGAGUAACACUGCAGAUGUGGGCCCAGGGCAGGGUGUGGUCACACAGGGCCCUGCGGUGCCCCUCAGCCAAGUGACAUCCGUAGCUGGGCAAGGGCAGGGGCCGGUGUCACCUGGACCCCCCAGCAUCCCUGAGGACGUUGUGGGCCCUGCACCCUAGAGAAGCCCUGGGGUCUUCUUCCUUGCUUUGACCAUGGCAUCAACAACUGGGGAAAAGAAUGGAUUUCAAGAAUAAUAUACUUACAGCUGGGUAUGGUGGUGCACUCCUGUAAUCCUCAGGAAGCUGAAGCAGGAGGAUC